GGGGGAGCCAGAAAGGGAGGAGGGGACGCGUGAAGGAACAGUCGAGCCGAGGGGUCGGUGCCGGACUCUACCAAACGCGCGGCCCGCCUGCUAGCCCCGGGGUCUGCGCCGAGCCGUGCUCGGGCAGCCGGUCGCGCGGCGUCUUCCGUGCGGGGGCCGGCAGCUCCCAAGUGCCCGCGGACGGCGGGGGGAGAAGGAACGUGCGCCCGGUGGCCCGGAUUGGCCUCCUGGUCCCCCCGCCUGGGCGGCCGAGUGCGGGCGGCCCGGGGCUGGGAGGUUUGAAAAGCGGGCGAGAGACAAAGGCAGCAGGAAGCCUCCCCAGCGCCCGGAGCCCGAGCGCCCGGCCCCGGGCCCCCUCGCCGGCCCGCCGGCCCGCGCAGCAGCGGCGGCGGCCGGAGGCGGCGGCGUCGGGAGGCGGAGGAUGCAGCAGGGGGCGUGGGAGCGGCGGCGGCCGAGCAGGCAGAGCGGCGCGGCCGGAGCGCGGCGUGCUUAGAGCCAAGGCAGCGGCGGCAGGCGCCGGGAGUGAGAGGCGCCUUCCCCGCCCGGGAUGUGAGGACCAGCGGAGCCCGGGGCGGGGGGAGGGAAGGGCAGGGAGGCGAAGCCGACAGGAAGGAAGGAAGGACGGACGGACCAGGAGGAGGAGCGGCGGCGGCGGCCGGAGCCGGAAGGCGGGGAGGGGCCGUUCGUUGGGCCCGAGGCGGCAGCCGGGGCGGACCGCUCUCGUCGCCUCCGCGGGGCAGGAGCGGCGGGGCCCGCGCCUCCUCCCCCCAGCGCCGCGGAGGGGGGAGGAGGAAGAUGGAGACCCACAUCUCAUGUUUGUUCCCCGAGCUGCUGGCUAUGAUCUUCGGCUACCUGGACGUGCGGGACAAGGGGCGCGCGGCGCAGGUGUGUACGGCCUGGCGGGACGCCGCCUACCACAAGUCGGUAUGGCGGGGGGUGGAGGCCAAGCUGCACCUGCGCCGGGCCAACCCGUCGCUGUUCCCCAGCCUGCAGGCCCGGGGCAUCCGCCGUGUGCAGAUCCUGAGCCUCCGCCGCAGCCUCAGCUACGUGAUCCAGGGCAUGGCCAACAUCGAGAGCCUCAACCUCAGCGGAUGCUACAACCUCACCGACAACGGGCUGGGCCACGCAUUUGUGCAGGAAAUCGGCUCCUUGCGCGCCCUCAAUCUGAGCCUCUGCAAGCAGAUCACCGACAGCAGUCUGGGCCGCAUAGCCCAGUACCUCAAGGGCCUGGAGGUGCUGGAGCUGGGGGGUUGCAGCAACAUUACCAACACCGGCCUUCUGCUCAUCGCUUGGGGUUUGCAGCGCCUCAAGAGCCUUAACCUUCGCAGCUGCCGCCACCUCUCGGACGUGGGCAUCGGGCACCUGGCCGGCAUGACGCGCAGUGCGGCGGAGGGCUGCCUGGGCCUGGAGCAGCUCACGCUGCAGGACUGCCAGAAGCUCACGGAUCUUUCUCUAAAGCACAUCUCCCGAGGGCUGACAGGCCUGAGGCUCCUCAAUCUCAGCUUCUGCGGGGGCAUCUCAGACGCAGGCCUCCUGCACCUGUCGCACAUGGGCAGCCUACGCAGCCUUAACCUGCGCUCCUGCGACAAUAUCAGUGACACAGGCAUCAUGCAUCUAGCCAUGGGCAGCCUACGCCUCUCGGGGCUAGAUGUGUCCUUCUGUGACAAAGUGGGAGACCAGAGUCUGGCCUACAUAGCCCAGGGGCUGGACGGCCUCAAGUCCCUCUCCCUCUGCUCCUGCCACAUCAGUGAUGAUGGCAUCAACCGCAUGGUGCGGCAGAUGCACGGGCUGCGCACGCUCAACAUUGGACAGUGUGUACGCAUCACGGACAAGGGCCUGGAGCUGAUUGCUGAGCACCUGAGCCAGCUUACUGGCAUAGACCUAUACGGCUGUACCCGGAUCACCAAGCGCGGCCUGGAGCGCAUCACGCAGCUGCCCUGCCUCAAGGUACUCAACCUGGGACUCUGGCAGAUGACGGACAGUGAGAAGGUCAGGUGAGGGCGGCAGCACCAGCUCCCCCUGUCCUGCCCUGUUCACCCUCCCUUCACCACCACCGACCCGCACACACUCACUCGUACAUUUAGACAUAGUUCAUGGCGAUGGCUGAGAUAGGGCAAUGACAUGAAGCCCAAGCCCAUUUCUCCUCCUCCGGCGCCCCUCCUUGCUACCAGCCCCUUCCGGUUGCCUCAGGGGCUCCUCUUCUGCCACUGCCCUAUUUCCCUCUCCUUUUCCCUGCGGAUGGAGAAAUGGACUCUGCUACUUACCCACCCACUCCUCUCUGCAGGGGAUGGAGGACUGUUUUCAGCUACUGUAUCCCCACUGCUUGGCAUUUGUAAAUGGGGUGGGGGUGGGGAGUGACUAGUCCUCUCAACACUGAGGAGUUGAGGAAAAUGUCUGCCUUCACUUAAGCUUUCAUUUGAAUACUGUGAUCUGGUUUUUAUUUUGAAAUGUAUAAAAAGCAAACCCAACUACAACGGCCUUUUCACCCUUCUUCCACUUUGUAACUAAUCCCAGUCUCUUCUCAUCACUUCUCCUUUUACAGUACUCUGCUAUUAACACUCAUUUCAUUUUUAUCUGCUUUCCUUUUUUAUUUUUUGAAGAAAUUGGAAAUCAUGGUCUUUUUUUUCU